UCAACUGGGCAGGGUGGACAGCGAAAUCCCUUAGACCGCCAGCGGUCCUGAAGUUAGCCGUCGGUCAACUGUCUUCAUCUAGAGCAAUGAAUUGUGAAUAGGACACGGAGAAUGUCGUUCAAGAAAGAGACGCCCCUCGCCAACGCAGUAUUUUGGGCAGCACGGAAGGGAAACUUGGCUCUGCUUCAGCUGCUUCUCAACAGUGGACGCGUGGAUGCCGACUGCAAAGACUGUUUUGGCACCACGGCUCUUAUGGUUGCCUCAUACAGCGGACACUAUGACUGUGCCCGGGAGCUCAUCAUGCAAGGAGCUGAUAUCAACUUGCAAAGAGAGACAGGCUCUACUGCGCUCUUCUUUGCUGCCCAGCAGGGACACAAUGACAUUGUCAAGCUGCUGUUUGAGUUUGGGGCCUCCACAGAAUUCCGGACCAAGGAUGGAGGCACAGCCCUUUCCGCCGCUAGCCAGUAUGGCCACAGCUUAGUUGUUGAGACCUUACUGAAGAAUGGGGCGAAUGUCCAUGACCAGCUAAAUGACGGAGCCUCCACUCUAUUCCUCGCUGCCCAACAAGGUCAUGUGACAGUUGUGCGUCAGCUGAUAUCAUCUGGAGCCAAAGCGAACCACCUGCGUGAGGAUGGCACUGCCCCCUUGUGGAUGGCAGCCCAGAUGGGCCACAGCGAGGUGGUGAAGGUCUUACUGCUGCGUGGAGCAGACCGCGACACAGACAGAAUGGAUGGUUCCACGGCCCUGUUCAAGGCUGCAUUCAAAGGACAUAAUAAAGUCAUUGAGGAGCUUCUGAAGUUCUCCCCCUCCCUGGGCCUCUUGAAGAAUGGUUCAACUGCUCUUCACGCAGCUGUUAUGGGGGGAAAUCCUAAGACUGUAUCACUUUUGCUGGAAGCAAAUGCAGAUCCAUCUUUACCAAAUAAUAAUAAUGAUCUCCCGGCCGAUCUUACUAAGAACGACAGAAUCCUUUGGCUUCUACGACCAAACAUCGCCAAUGGAAGUUGAUGACCAUUUUACCCUGGUCCUCUCAUUUGACCAUGGGUGUCCUGAGAAUUAUGUACUUCCUGCCAGAGGUCAGAUAGCAAAGCAGUUUGGAUAUUUCAGUGAUAUUUAAGAGGAUAUAUUUUAUGGUGCUUGUUUGCAACUGAAGCUAUGAAUUUAAAAAAAACUUGGUCUCUCAAGCCUGUCUGAAUGAGAUGUCUACAAUCAGCGCAAUUUUUGGUUGAACUCAGUAUUAAAUUAACUGUAGGCUAUCAUACUUCUUGUAGCAACAACUUCAAUGAAACCAAUUCUUAACAAACAAGUAUUGCCUUAAUUAUCAUAUUUUUGCUGUAUGGUGGAUAUGUUACUUAUAUUGCUAAAAUGUGUUUCAUAUGGCAUCAGUUGUUGGGUAAUGAAGAGACCUUGUUACUGUAAAUAACAGGGUUAUUAUAAUAAAAACAGUUUACCAUCAUGAAUGACAUUGAGGUUGUUUUGCCUUUUCUUUUCCAGUGAAUUGUUCUGGAUGUUCUGUAUUUGUGCUGUUAAAGGCUAUAUUUUGUCCUUCUUGUUUAGGCUAUCCUUUGUUUCAAAAAGUUUAUUUUUUGGUUACUUAUGGAAUAAAUUUGU